GUCUCAGCAGCGCCCUAGACACCCGUCCAGUUAACAGGUGGACAUGGCCAGCAGGGGCCACACUCGACCCAAGGGCCUGACCUGGGCCCUAGGACUGACCCUGGCUUGGAUCCUGCUGGGAGCCUGUGGAGGAAGCCGCCCACUCCCAGCUACGUCCCGGAGACACUACAGGCUGGCAGCCGAUCUUGGCACAAGCCAGCUGCACCUUGCAGAGAUGGACACACCAGAGGCGCUGGACCCUGGGAUGGCUCCAGAACGCUGUGGGGACCCGAGCCCCGGGUGCGAAUCCUUUCUGGGACAUCUCCAAGUUGCCCUCCACAGUCGCUUCCGCCUGCUGUUACUGGGAGCACGCCCGGCGCAGCCGCUCUGUUCCGAGCUCUGCGAUGUCUGGUUUGCCACAUGUGAAAGCGAUAUUAUUUGCGGCCCGACUUGGCUCCCGAUCCUAGAAAAGAGGGGCUGUGAACCUGGCUGCCCUACCUAUGAGCAGACCUUCGCUGACGGGGCGGAACUUUGCCGCUCGGUUCUGGGCUACGCGAUGCCGGUGGCAGCUCCUGGCGCCGGUCACUGCAUCAACAUUUCCACCACGGAACUGCCGGGUUCCCGACAGGAAGGGAAGGCCCGAGAAAUCACCUUCCUGCGUUCCCGCCGCUCACGCACCUGGAUCCUGGAUGCCGCGGGCAGCGGGAGUGGCAGUGGAAGCGGCAGCGGCCCCUAGGGGGCGCCGGGCCUUGGAUGGGAGAUGGGAGUCCCUUCCCCCGACCCGGCCCCUCAAGAUACCCAAAGCUCCACCUCUCUCCCGCUCUGCCUUCUAGUUUCCAGAGUCCUGUCUCUCCUUCCUGGAGUACCAGAGACUCGCCCU